AUGGCGCGGGCGGAGCCGCCCCCGCCCACAGGCGGUCCCGGCAGAGCGGCCGCCUCCCUGCGCGCCGCUGGGUGGAGCCGUGUCCCGGCCGGAGCGGGCGGGAACGGCGUCGGAGAUGGUGAAUGUGGUAACAUGCCAAGGCAGAAGGAUGACUGCAGCCACAGAAAGAGGGGGUUCGCACCGAGCCCGGCCAGCCCGGAGCCGCCCCGCCCGCGCUGCGCCCUCAGCCCCGGCUCUGCCGGGCUCGUCCCCGCCAAGGCCGGCCCGAGCCGGGGCGCGCUGGGCGCGCGGGCCCGAGCACAGCGCCCCCUCAGGCCGCUCGCCGCAGACGAAGCCGCAGCCGCGGCCGUUGCGCUGCGGGCGUUGUGGCCACAGUCGGCGAUCGACGCAAUGGCGGAGCUGCCGCUGCCCGCUGGGCUCAGCUCCAGCACCUUCCCCGCCAAGCUGUGGCGCCUGGUGAACAGCCCCCGCGUCCGCUCCGUGCGCUGGGACAGCCGAGCCCAGGGACUGCUCAUCGACCGCUCCCUCUUCGAGCAGGAGCUGCUCAACUCGGGCGACGCCCACGGGGCGGGCACUGAGGGGGCGGUACCAGCCCCCGACUCCUUUCAGGCCACGCACUUCGGCAGCUUCGUGCGGCAGCUCAACCUCUAUGGCUUCCGCAAAGUGCCGGGCUGGGUUGGCUCAGAUGAGCCGGGCGAUGCCGGGGGCUGGCUCCACUUCAGGAACCCCAACUUUCGUCGCGACCGCCCCGACCUCCUGCUCCGCAUCAAGCGCCUGACCAGGGCCAACAGGCAGCGGCUGGCAGCGGGGCUGGAGGUGCGCAGCCGCCAGCCCAGCCGCUUCCAGCAGCUCCACACGGAGCGGGCGGUGCCCUCCUUCCCCGCCGGGCAGCCGCCCAGAGCCGUGCUCUCAUACCAAGACCUCGCUGCUGCCUCAUCUGAGGGUUUAGAGCUGCUUCCAGGCCCUUCCAGGCUAAGUGCAGGUGCUCAGAAGGCUGAUGUUUUCCUAAGAUCACCCAAGAAAGUCUUUGCCACAUCUGGACUUCUUGGGAUUUCAUCGCAGCAACCAGGCACAGGCAAAUUUCAAUUUAGCCAUGAGCUCAUCAUUCCACUGGUUCCCAUGGAGCUUAAAUGCCAACCUGAGCUCAUCAUUCCGCUGGUUCCUGUAGACCAUCACAACCCUUCCAUGGCCUCUCCAGAGAGGAGCAGCUGCACAUCUUCAGAGCAGCAGUUGCCAGCCUGCAGCCCAUCAGCCAUCCCAGACACUUCAGCCCCCAGCACUCCAGCUGGCAGUGCAGGCUGUGCAGCAUGGACAGCCCCCAGCUGGCUAUGGAAUACUCCUGGGGAAGAGGAAUUGCCACCACCGGAUCUGGACAUGGUGCUUGAGACGCUGGAGGAGAUGUUUUCUCCCUCUGCUCAGGGGAAAAUUAAUGUUGCCCCUGAGUCUUCAAGAGGGGAGCCUGUGGACAGAGCUGCAGCAGAGGGAGCUCUGCCUGGCACCAAGAGCUGCGGGAACAAUUCCCAGGAGCCCGAGGAGCUUGAUAUCCACCUGAUCUACCUCGCCAGGAGGGCUGCCCUGCGUGAGAAGAAGAAUCAGAGGGAGAGCCUGUAACCAUCGAGCAGGUGGAAUCUCUCCAUUUAUAUACAGAUUUCUAUAAGUCUAUUUGUAUAUCCCUAUAGUUAUAUUUGUAGAU